AUGCCUCGCAUACCCCACGAUGAGGCCAAGGCGGAGCUGGGGAAGAUGGUGCACUACUCGCUCUUAUGUUGGCACUCCUCCUCUGUGCUUCAACCCAAUCCAGCUGCACUCUCCCAUACUCGCCAGUCUCUUCCUACUUUGCCGAGUCAAUCCGUGCAAUUUCGUUCCUCCUCCUCCACUGUCCCACAUCCUUAUCCUUUCCCACCUCACAUGCCCCCUGCCCUGCCUCCCCUCCCGCAGCGGUUCACUCGGCUGGGCGGCAAGCUACCCAAGGGAGUGCUACUGGUGGGCCCACCAGGAACAGGCAAAACAAUGCUAGCGCGCGCCAUAGCGGGCGAGGCGGGCGUGCCCUUCUUCUAUGCGUCGGGCUCCGAGUUCGAGGAGAUGUUUGUCGGCGUCGGGGCGCGCCGCGUGCGCGAGCUCUUCGCCGCGGCAAAAAAAGCCGCGCCGUGCAUCGUGUUUCUUGACGAAAUCGACGCCAUCGGCGGCAGCCGCAACCCCAAGGACCAGCAGUACAUGAAGAUGACUCUGAAUCAGCUGCUCGUGGAGCUCGAUGGCUUUAAGCAGAACCAGGGUGUGAUUGUGGUGGCGGCUACCAACUUCCCGGAGAGCCUGGAUAAGGCGCUCGUGCGCCCGGGGCGGUUUGACCGCCAUGUGGUCGUGCCGAAUCCGGAUGUGGAGGGGCGGCGGCAGAUUCUCGAGCAUCAUUUGCGCAAGAUCCCCCGAGCAGAUGAUGUGGACGUGUCAGUCAUCGCACGCGGCACGCCGGGCUUCAGCGGGGCAGACCUGGCCAACCUGGUGAACGUGGCGGCGCUGCGGGCAGCCAUGGAGGGGCAGAGGGCCGUAGCGCUAGCCCACCUGGAGCACGCCAAGGACCGCAUCCUCAUGGGCGCCGAGCGCAAGUCCGCCGUCAUCUCCCCGCAGACGCGGCGCCUGACGGCGUACCACGAGGGCGGGCACGCGCUGGUGGCCGUGCACACCGCCGGCGCGCACCCCGUGCACAAGGCCACCAUCGUGCCGCGGGGUAUGCUGGCCCGGCUGGACGUGUGCAUGGGGGGGCGCGUGGCUGAGGAGCUCGUGUUCGGCCCGGGGGAGGUGACUUCCGGUGCGUCGAGUGAUAUCGUGCAGGCGACGCGGCUGGCGAGGGAGAUGGUGACAAAGUAUGGGAUGAGUGAGGCGGUGGGCGUGGUGGCGCAUGACUACGAGGACGACGGGCGGUCUAUGAGCACGGAGACGCGGCUGACCAUUGAGCGGGAGGUGCGAGCGCUGCUGCAGCGCGCGCAUGACAACGCGCGAGCCAUCCUGGUGAAUCACGAGGCGGAGUUACAUGCGCUAGCGGGGGCUCUGUUAGAGAGGGAGACGCUCACUGGCGCUCAGUCCGUUAGCCACCUUCUGUUCGCCCAUCCUUCCUCCAAGGACAUUCCUCCUCCCCGCAUCGCGCGCAGCCCCUUUCUUUCCGCGUCUCCUUCCCCGCAUUGCUCUCUCCGCCAUGCGAUGACCCGUGACGACGCCAGCAAUCUAUCCGGAAACCGCAACCGGCAUCGCAACCGGUCGGCAUCGUCGUUCCUCUCCUCCGCCUUCCCCAUCUCCUUCCCCCGCGCCCGGCGCCCCACCAGCGGCUAUGCCUCCGCGGACUCGUCGUGGCGCGGGGACGGCUGGCCGGCGGCGGACGGCACGGCGCGCAGCGACCACGUGGGGACGAUCACGGGGAAGCGGUACAGUGCGGUGCGGCUGGAGCAGCUGUACGAGCUGGGCGGGUUUAUUGGGCGCGGGCAGAGCGGCGUGAUCAGCGCGUGCUCGCACCGCCACACGGGCGAGCGGCUGGCCGUUAAGAGCAUUCUUAAAAAGACCAUCCACUCGGAAGGCACUGCAAGAGACGUGCAGCGCGAGGUGCAGGUGCUGGGCAUGUUGCGCGGGCAUGCUCACGUGGUGCGAAUGGAGGGCGUGUUUGAGGACCAGACGGCCGUGCACAUCGUCAUGGAGCUCUGUCAAGGGGGCUCCCUCACCCACCACAUCGCCCAGCAGGGCGAGUACAGCGAGCGGGCAGCAGCAGCGAUAAUGAGGGUGGUGCUGGAGGUGGUGAGGGCAUGCCAUGCGCUGGGCAUAGUGCACCGGGACGUGAAGCUCGGCAACUUCCUGCUCUCCGACCAGUCAGACCACGCCACACUCAAGGCCAUUGACUUCGGCUCCGCUGCCUUCUGCCAACCAGGUCACACCUGCCCCGCCCGCCCCGACACCCCUCUCCUUUCCCCUCUGCCCCGGAGACCUGCCUCAUUCCGAGCCCGAGCCUGCGCCCCCUCGGCUUCCCUCUUCUUCCCUUUCUGCCCCGAAUGCCCCAGCCCGCCUCUCUCCAUUCCUCUCUCCACUUCUCCGCCUCUCACUGCCCAAGCCCCCUGCUCCUCCUCUCACUGCCCAAGCCCCCUGCUCCUCCUCACCCGUCCCUCCUUCUCCUCCGCUUUCACGGGCGGCACAGCAGGUGAGGAGCUCGAGGCGAUGGCGGGCAGUCCCAUGUACAUGGCGCCGGAGGUGCUGGGGGAGCGAUACUCGCACGCGUGUGACGUGUGGAGCGCUGGCAUCAUGCUGCACACGCUGCUCGCUGGCACACCGCCCUUCCAAGGAGGUGCUGCUCUCUCAUCCCCUGCCAUGCUGCCCCCCUCCCCUGCCACUCUGGUCUUUUUCUUUCCCCCCGUCAAUUUGUCUCUCUCUUGCGCUCUUCUGUACCUCCUCUUCCUCACUUACUCAGUGCUGGCGAUAUUUGAGGCGAUCCGCACAGCACCGUUGGACCUGUCGGUGCAUCCGUGGCCGCUCAUCUCCCCGGACGCCAAGGCGCUGCUCUCCCGCAUGCUCCAUCGCGACCCCUCCAGACGCCCCACUGCACAGCAGCUGCUGGGUGCGGCCAUGGGGCCAUGGACCGUGGGCAGCGACCCAUGGAUAUGCGGGCAGGAGGUGGUGGAGCGGCCACUGGAGAGCAUCAUGCUGCCACGCAUGAAGCGACUCAGCGCCAUGUCCAAACUGCGCCACCUCGCCCUCCUCGUGACGACGCGGCACAUGCCAGAGGAGCAGGAGAGGGAGCUGAGGGCGGUGUUCAGUGCGGUGGGGGCGGACCAGGGGGGCGCGCUGAGCCUGGAGGAUCUCACAGCCGCCCUGCGCAGCGUGGGGGCGGCUCUCAGCGACGAUGACAUCCGCCGCAUCUUUGCCUUCGUGGACAUGGACGGCAGUGGCAGCAUAGAGUACGCGGAGUUUGUCGCAGCCACCACCGUGGACAUGGACGGCAGUGGCAGCAUAGAGUACGCGGAGUUUGUCGCAGCCACCACUGUGCUGCACCGCGACCGCCAUGCCGCCGCCAUCCAAGAGGCCUUCCAGGAGAUGGAUGCGGAUGGGUCGGGAGCGGUGAGCGUGGAGGAGUUUGCGGCGGUGUGCUGCCGGCUGGGCAUGGGGUCGCUGGAUGAGAUGCGCGACAUCAUUGCAACUGCCACCGCCGCUGAAUAUGGCAAUGGGACAGGAUCGCUUCAAGCAGAGGGUGCAGUGGAGGCAGAGGGCGCUGAUGGCGCAGAUGGCACAGCAGCAGGCAGCGGGGUUUUGGCAUCGAAGCAGAUAGAGUACAAGGACUUCUUAGCGCUCGUCACGGGGUCGGACCAGGAGGACCACCGCGUUGAGUCCUGGCUCGCUGCCGCCCCUGCUCUGAUGCUGCUCCUACGCCUCUCGCCUCCUCGCCUCCUCCUCAGUCACUUGCCUCCCACCCACCUCCCACCUAUUCACCUCCACACCUCCCGUCUCCGUCAAUGGACCACCCUCACACCCACUCUCACAACCCCUCCACCUGCAUGCUAG